CAAUAUUACUAACAAAACACUAGCAAAAAAUUAAUUUUACUCUAAUAAUACUAACAAAACACCAUAACGAACCACAUAAUACAUGUCCAUAAACAAUCUCCAUCCCGCGACAACUCGCGAUAUCGCUAUCUAGUACUAUUUUAAACUGAAAAAACACCUACAUAUACGAACCACUCCAUAAUUCAGGGACUCGCUCUCUUACCAAACUUGGAAAUUAAAAAAAAAAACGCUCCUCCCAAUUGUCAUAAAAAAAUGGCUAGAGAAAACGGGGAGAAGACAACUGCAGCUGCCGGCGGGGAGAGUAAGAGUAGUGGCGAAACAGUAGAGAGCAGAGAAUGGUACAUGGCAGCCUAUUCACCACAAGGAAUCCCAACUUCCGACCACCUCAAGCUCCGCAAUGUCUCAAUUACCCUGAAUUCUCUCCCCGCCGGCCACGUCCUGGCUCAGACGCUCUGGCUCUCCGUCGACCCUUUCUUGCGCUCCAUGAUGAGCGGUACCGUCGACGGUCUCUACUUGCCCCAGGUCGACCUCGGCCAGGUUGUGAAGACGUUUGGAAUAGCCAAAGUUGUAAAAUCCGGCGACGAGAACUACAGAGAGGGUGAUGUUUUCCUUAAUCCGUUCCAACCGGUUGCGGAGUAUGCUGUACUUCCAGCAAACCCAGCUUUGCUCAGGAAGAUUGAUGUCACUGGCCAGAUCUCGCCUCUGGAUUAUUUGAGUUGCCUUGGGGUGGCUGGGUUUGCGGCGUGGUUGGGGAUUGUGUUGCUGGGAGACCCAAAACCAGGGACCAAUGUGUUCAUUUCAGCAGCAGGGGGAGGGGUUGGAAUGGUGGCUGGACAGCUGGCCAAACUCAGAGGCUGUGCAGUCAUUGGAAGCACCGGAUCUGAUCAAAAGGUUCAACUGAUCAAAGACGAAUUUGGAUACGACGACGCAUUCAACUACAACAAAGAAGCAGAUUUUGACGUUGCUCUGACCAAGUACUUCCCAAAUGGAAUCGAUUUGUAUCUCGAUAAUGUUGGAGGCACAAUGCUAGAAGCUGUUCUUAACCACGUUAAUUCACAUGCGAAAGUCAUCCUUUGUGGCAUGAUGUCUCAAUACAACAAGGGAUGGAAAGAGAGAGAAGGCGUGAGGAAUCUGCUGAACAUCGUGGGUAAAGAGGUGACGAUGAAAGGGUUCAUGGAGCUUUCAUAUAUGAACCAUUUUGGAGAUUUUUCAAAGGAGAUGGAAUGCCAUAUAGUCCAAGGCAAAAUCCGAACAAAGCACAAGAUUUACCAUGGGAUUGAAAGCUUCUUGGAGAGCUUGGAGUCUGUUUUCUUGAGUAUUAAUGAUGGCAAAGUUGUUCUUCAACUAGUUUAGUUCAUCGCAACUAAGAAUUUACACAAACUUUCGUUGCAUGCUUUUCAAAAUAAACAUUAUAGUACUAC